AUGGAGGCGGAGAAAAGACCUAGAAAGAUACUUUCAAGAAGUCAAAUUAUUGAUUUAAUAUCUGAAGGAAAAGUUAUUGUCAUUUAUGAGAAUAGUGUAUUAAAUUUAACUCCUUGGAUUAAAAGACACCCUGGUGGAGAAUUAGCAGUUCAUCAUAUGGUUGGUAGAGAUGCCACUGAUGAAAUGAAUGCUUAUCACAGUGAUGAAUCUAUUGGCAUUUUUAAAAGAUAUAAAAUAGGAGAACUUGAGUCUAAAUCUUGGGAGAAUUUAUUACCUCCUAUUCAAGGAGGUAUUUAUUCAAAAGGAAAUUAUAAUUCAAGCAGAAGUAAAUUAGAAUCUAAAUUAGAUAAAGAUAGUUCUAAUUCAAAUUCAGAAACUGAAAAUUUUUCAGAUAGUUCUAUUAGUGAUGUGGAAAUUAGUACCAAGGAAAAUAAAGGAGUUGGAUAUACUCCUUUAGUUAAACCAGUUGUUCCUCAAAAUCAAAUGGUUACUAAAGAAAACAAAGAGAUAUUAUUCCCUAUUAUUACAGAAGAUAUUAAAAAGAAAGUCAUAAGAGAUCCGAAAAUAUUAAUGAAUAAUUAUGAUAAUGAGUUGAGUCAAAAUGAUGUCAUGCAACUUCCUUCUUUAGAUUAUAAAACCCAAAGAUUAUUAAGAGACAAAUAUGUUGCAUUACAUGAAGAUAUUAUUCGUAUGGGAUUAUAUGAUUGUAAUUAUUGGGAUUAUGUUCGAGAAGUUGUUAAAAUCGGUUCACUUUUCCUUUAUUCUUUGUCAUUUUUGAAAUUAAAUCAUUUGUUUCUUAGUGCACUUUUCAUGGGAAUGGCAUGGCAUCAAGGUACUUUUAUUGCCCAUGAUGCAGGUCAUGUUUCUAUAACUCAUAAUUAUCAACUUGAUAAUCUAUUUGGAAUGUUAAUUGCUGAUUUUUUUGGUGGAUUAAGUUUAGGAUGGUGGAAAAGAAAUCAUAAUGUUCAUCAUUUGAUAACUAAUGAUCCGGUUCAUGAUCCAGAUAUUCAACAUUUACCAUUUUUUGCAGUUAGUGUGAGAUUAUUUCAAAAUGUUUAUUCUACUUAUUAUGAAAGAAUUUUACCGUUUGAUAAAUUUGCUCAAUUUUUAAUUCCAUUUCAACAAUAUUUAUAUUAUCCAAUUUUAUGUUUUGGUAGAUUUAACUUGUAUAGAUUAUCGUGGACUCAUUUGAUCAAAGGUGAAGGUCCACGUCAUGGUAAAGCAGCUUGGUUUAGAUAUUUUGAACUUGUUGGAUUGAGUUUUUUCUUUUAUUGGUUUUUCUAUGUAUUGGUGUUUAAAACUAUCGAAGGAGGUUGGAAUAGAUUCAAUUAUGUUAUGAUUAGUCAUAUUGCAACCAUGUUGGUUCAUGUUCAAAUUACAUUAUCACAUUUUGCCAUGUCAACUUCAGAUUUAGGAGUUAGUGAAUCAUUCCCAUCAAGACAACUUCGAACUACAAUGGAUGUUGAUUGUCCAAAAUGGUUAGAUUUCCUUCAUGGUGGAUUACAAUUUCAAGCUAUUCAUCAUUUAUUUCCAAGAUUACCACGUCAUAAUUUAAGAACUGCACAACCUUUUGUUAUUAAAUUUUGUGAAGAUGUUGGAUUAAGUUAUUCUAUUUAUGGAUUUGGGGAAGGUAAUGAUAUUAUUAUUGGGAAAUUGGCAGAUAUUGGUAAACAAUGUUCAAUUAUAUUAGACGCUACAAAACAAUACGACGGAGAUUUGGUUUAG